UCCCUUGUCUCUCUCUCUCUCUCUCUCCCCAGCUUCUGACUCACCUCAUCGACUCUCUGACCUCGCAUCUUCCACAAUGGUGACAGUGGAGAAUUCCGACGCCGUGUUCCCGUCGGGGACCGUGGACGGGGUGGAGCUGACCGGACACGUCCCGAUCCCGCCGUCGAGAUCGUUUCUUGCUACGUUUAGAGCCAACCUCAAGGAGACAUUCUUCCCUGACGACCCCCUACGGCAAUUCAAGAACGUGCCCGGGUCGAGACGGUUUCUGAUGGGAUUGAAGUACUUCUUCCCGGUCCUCGAAUGGCUUCCCAGCUAUGGCCACAGCACCUUCAAGUCUGACCUCGUCGCUGGGAUCACAAUCGCUAGCCUUGCCAUACCACAGGGGAUCAGCUACGCCAAGCUCGCGAACCUGCCACCGAUUCUGGGCCUAUAUUCGAGCUUCGUGCCGCCGCUGGUAUACGCCAUGAUGGGAAGCUCCAAGGAUCUUGCUGUGGGGACUGUGGCUGUGGCGUCGCUACUGAUCGCGUCUAUGCUGGGAAAGGAGGUGCCACCGUCACAGAACCCAACACUAUACCUUCACUUAGCCUUCUCUGCAACGUUCUUUGCUGGUGUCUUUCAAACUUCCUUGGGACUCUUAAGGCUUGGGUUCAUAGUGGACUUCUUGUCCCAUGCAACCAUCGUGGGCUUCAUGGCGGGGGCUGCCACAGUCGUCUGCCUCCAACAGCUAAAGGGAAUGCUGGGUCUCCAACACUUCACCACGGCCACUGAUCUCAUCUCUGUCAUGGAAUCUGUUUUCACUCAAACUCACCAGUGGAGGUGGGAAAGUGCGGUUCUCGGUGUUUCCUUCCUGUUCUUCCUCCUCCUCACGCGCUUUCUAAGCAAAAAGGGGCCCAAGUUCUUCUGGGUCUCCGCAGCAGCUCCCUUGACAUCGGUGAUUCUGGGAAGUCUUCUGGUGUACUUCACCCAUGCCGAGAACCACGGCGUUCAAGUGAUUGGGUACCUGAAGAAGGGUCUAAAUCCACCAUCGCUGACCAACCUGGUGUUCUCGCCACCACAUAUGGCUGUCGCACUGAAGACUGGCAUCAUCACCGCGAUCAUCGCCCUUGCGGAAGGAAUCGCUGUGGGAAGGAGUUUUGCCAUGUUCAAGAACUACCACAUCGACGGUAACAAAGAGAUGAUCGCUUUUGGGAUGAUGAACAUCGCCGGAUCCUUCACGUCAUGCUAUUUGACCACCGGGCCGUUCUCACGGUCGGCGGUGAACUACAACGCCGGCUGCAAGACGGCGAUGUCGAACGUAGUGAUGGCGGUGGCGGUGGCGAUCACUCUGCUGUUCUUGACGCCUCUGUUCCACUACACUCCUCUGGUCGUCCUCUCUGCCAUCAUCGUCGCUGCGAUGCUGGGCCUCAUCAACUACGAGGCGGCGAUGCACCUGUGGCAGGUCGACAAGAUCGACUUCUGCGUGUGCAUGUGUGCAUACUUGGGGGUCGUCUUCGGUAGCGUCGAGAUCGGACUAGUGAUUGCAGUGGCCAUCUCCAUACUAAGGGUUUUGCUGUUCGUCGCGAGGCCGAGGACGACUGUUCUCGGAAACAUUCCCAACUCCUCGAUCUAUCGGCGGAUGGACCAGUACUCGGAGGCGCAGAGUGUCCCCGGCGUGCUCAUUCUCCGAGUCGACGCCCCAAUCUACUUCGCCAACGCAAGCUACUUGAGAGAGAGGAUAUCGAGGUGGAUGGACGAAGAGGAGGAGAAGCUACAAUCCAAGGGAGAGAUCGGCAUACAGUACGUGAUCUUAGACUUGGGCGCUGUGGGUAGCAUUGAUUCCAGUGGGAUUGACAUGCUGAAAGAAAUCAACAAGAGCAUGGACAGAAAAGGAGUUCAGCUUGUGCUAGCAAACCCUGGCAGCGAGGUGAUGAAGAAGCUAGACAAGUCCAAGGCGCUCGAAACCAUCAGACAACAGUGGAUAUUCCUCACUGUGGCUGAGGCUGUUGCUGCAUGUAAUAGUUUUUCUCUGCACCCAUGCAAGUCUGACCUCGCAAACCAUGAAACAGACUGUGAUAGCGUAGUCUAAGAACAAUAAAUGUGAUCAGCUUAUCAAAUAAUCACAACCAGGAGAAGGAUUUGGACUCA